GGGAGGGACUCGCGGUCCAGGCCAGGAUCCAGCCCCCGCCCAUGUGACGGCCGGGCCGGCGGCCGCGUGGGGCUGCAGCAUGGACGGUGACGGCGAGUUCUUCGACGCCCUGACGGGCCUUGCCUCCAGCCACUCUCCUGAGGGAUUUUCAGAGGCGACGCCUAGAGUCCCCGGGGUGAUCCACGUGGACCCCGGCAGAAGCAAUGGGGUUGGAAAGGUUGGGGAGCGGACCCCUCAAGAGAACGGACUCCAGAAGCACAGGACGGCGCUGCCCGCCCCCAUGUUCACCAGGAGCGACUUCAGCAUGUGGAGCAUCCUGAAGAAGUGCAUCGGCCUGGAGCUGUCCAAGAUCACCAUGCCUGUCGCCUUCAACGAGCCCUUGAGCUUCCUGCAGCGCAUCACCGAGUACAUGGAGCACGUGCACCUGCUGCACAGGGCCUCCCGCCAGGCGCAGCCCCUGGAGCGUAUGCAGUCUGUGGCCGCCUUCGCCGUGUCGGCCGUGGCUUCCCAGUGGGAGAGGACCGGCAAGCCCUUCAAUCCGCUGCUGGGAGAGACGUACGAGCUGAUCAGGGAGGACCUGGGGUUCAGGUUCAUCUCGGAGCAGGUCAGCCACCACCCGCCCGUCAGCGCCUUCUACUCGGAGGGCCUCAACCAGGACUUCCUGCUGCAUGGCUCCAUCUACCCCAAGCUCAAGUUUUGGGGCAAGAGCGUGGAGGCCGAGCCCCGCGGCACCAUCACGCUGGAGCUGCUCGAGCACGGGGAGGCCUACACCUGGAGUAACCCCACCUGCUGUGUCCACAACGUGCUGGUCGGGAAGCUGUGGAUCGAGCAGUACGGCACGGUGGAGGUCGUGAACCACAGGACGGGGGACAAGUGUGUGCUGCACUUCAGGCCGUGCGGCCUGUUCGGGAAGGAGCUGCACAAGGUGGACGGCCACAUCCAGGACCGGAACAGGAAGAAGCUCUUCGUGAUCUAUGGCAAGUGGACAGAGUGCCUGUGGGGCAUUGACGCCGCUGCCUACGAGUCUUUCAGGCGGCAGGAGCGGCGGGGUGACCCCCCAAAGAAGGCGAAGCCGGAUGGCGGCUCCCACAAGACUGAGGGCGACGUGGUGGAUGCCAUGCCUGAGGCUCAGGAGACCGUGCAAGUCAUUCCAGGCAGCAAGCUACUCUGGAGGGUCAACACCCGGCCCCCCAACUCUGCCCAGAUCUGGCCAGCCAGGAGAAGGAGCGGCUGGAAGAGAAGCAGAGGGAAGCCCGGAGGGAGCGUGCCAAAGAGGAUGCUGAGUGGCAGACAAGGUGGUUCCGCCCCGGCAGCAACCCCUACACCGGGGCCCCCGACUGGCUGUACGCAGGGGGCUACUUUGAGCGGGACUUCUCGGGCUGCCCCGACAUCUACUGAGGCCCCGGGCGGCCUGGGACCGGACGCCGAGAGGCCGGGCCUGUGCGGAGGCCACGCUGGGAGCAGCCCCUGACGACCCUGGGGCUGCCGCCUCCUGCCGAGGGCCUCGCUGGGACCGACCUUUGCCAAACGCUCCCUCUUGUUGCAGCCUCUUCAUAAAGCUUCACUUGGGACCAUCACGUUUUCGUAGUGGUUUGAAAAGAAAACAGUCUGCGAGCCCCUCCGAGCGGUGGGCGGCCUAGCCGAGGGCCCGCAGGCUGUCCCGCCCGAAGGACGCGCGGGGAAGGGCCGGGCCUCCCUGCAGCGCCGCGGCGAGGCUGUGCGCGGGGCUCUGCCCCUGAAAGCAGGGGCCUUGGAAAUAAUCCCGCUGUUUUCUCGGCAUGAGGGGUCCCUUUGUGAGCUACAGGAGACGGCGAGAUUGCAGAGCAUCAGGUGGAAUGAAGUGAGACGUUGUCAGAUUCUGUAUUUUUUACCAGUCUUCAAUAAUGUAAAGAUUGCUUUUAAGAUAUUUAAGGUAGAACUACUUGAAUAGUAUUUUGCUGAAGAGCAGGAUCUACUUUGCCCCCCAGCCGUAUGCUAUCCACAUGAAGCCAGGAGCCCUGAGCGGCUGACGGAGGCCCCCGAUGGCCCCUGGGGAAGCCCACCUCAGCCGCCUGUGCCCUCUGGUCUCCAGGGCUUCCCCGGCCCGCAGGCCAAGCCCACGUCCCAGCUGAGCUGCUUCACCCGUAGCGCAGCUCUGGGGCGUUGGUCCCCGCAUGCAUGUGUAAAACAAGCCGCCAAGUCCUGCACACGCCAGGGAGGGGCUCGGGGCACCUGCUGCUGCGGAGGCAUCGAGGUGUUUGGCCAGAGUCGGCGCCCAUCUCAGCCCGCAUCUUUAGCAGUGACUGUUUUCUUUCUGUAGAAGCGUCAGCACCGCAGACAACCUGCUGUGCGCACAGGCUCUGCCCACGCCCGUGCGCACAGCUCUGUGGGUGGAGCGGUGGGUCCCCUGAGAGGUGCUGGCCCUGUGUGUCUGGGCUGCAAAGUCACAUUUGUAAUUAAAACACUCUGAAGGCAAUCCUUGUUUUGAA